GGGGGCGUCACCUUCUCCCGCGCGCUCCCCGCGCCCCGGCGCUAUGAACGGCACCGUGAUCCCCGGGACGCCCAUCGCCGUGGAUUUCUGGAGCGUGCGGCGGGCGGGCGGCGCGCGGCUGUUCUUCCUGUCGCACAUGCACUCGGACCACACCGUGGGGCUGUCCAGCACCUGGAGCCGCCCGCUGUACUGCUCGCCGCUCACCGCCCGCCUGCUGAGCCACCGCCUGAAGGUGCCCACGCGCUGGAUCCGUCCGCUGGAGAUGGGGAAGAGCCACGCGGUGGGCGAGGAGGUGACCGUGACGCUGCUCGACGCCAACCACUGCCCCGGCUCCGUCAUGUUCCUCUUCGAGGGCUCCUUCGGCACCAUCCUCUACACAGGAGAUUUCCGCUACAGCCGCGCCAUGCAGCGCGAGCCGGCGCUGAGCGGCCGCCGCAUCGACCGCCUCUACCUGGACAACACCAACUGCCGCCCGCAGCGCGCCCUGCCCUCGCGGAGCUGUGCCACGCUCCAGGCCGCGCAGCUCAUCCGCCAGCACCCGCAGCACCGCGUCGUCAUCGGUGUGUACAGCCUGGGGAAGGAGGAGCUGCUGGUGCACCUGGCGCUCGAGUUCGGCACCUGGGUUGUGGUGAGCCCCUCCCGCCUGGAGCAGAUGCGGCUGCUGGAGCUGCCCGAAGUGUUCACCACCGAGGAGGGGGCCGGCAGGAUCCGUGCGGUGGACGUCGCCGAGAUCCGCCGGGACACCCUCGUGAGCUGGAACGUGCUGCAUCCGACGAUUGCCAUCCUCCCCACGGGCAGGCCCGUGAAGGUCACCCACCCCCAAAUCCACCUCAUCCCGUACUCGGAUCAUUCCUCCUUUUCAGAGUUGUGUGAGUUCGUGAAGUGGUUGAAACCCUGCUCAGUCAUCCCAAUUGUGAAAGGCGGCAUGUGCCACGCCUCCUUUCAGAAAUACCUGAGUCCUGACCAGCGGGCGCUUCCUGACCUCACAAUUCCAAAGCCUGUGCAAGAGUCUGUACGGCGGCAGAGCAAAACAAAGAAACAGAAACCCGUGUGUCUUGCGAAAAGAGCUGCCCAGCACUCUGCUCCCAAAGGAGUUGUUUAUGAGUCCCUAGAGGAAUAUACUGAGCAAUCUGAGGGGCUCACGUGUGGCACAGCUCCUCAGCAGAACUCCCAUGAGUCAGCUUUCUGCUCCCUUCAAGAUGGUAUUUGUUUUUACGGCUGUGAGGAGGAGGAGCAGAGUGGAGAACAGCCGGGGGGAGCAACGGCAGCUGGCACUGCUGGGCAGUCGCCUGUUUUUGAUGAGGACUUUCCAAGUGAACUUCCAAAGCAAUAUUUACUCACUCCUUUAAACGCCUCAAGGCAGAGAUCCUUCUACGAUGCAGUAGAAGAUUUAUUUAGUAGGUGGGAAGUGUCCUGAAAAUUGUUUGUCUGUCGGGGCAAGUGCAGUUGAUGACAGUGAUUCUGAAUGCCUUAAGACUGCAUCCUGUUCUUUGUGUUCAAGUUUCUCAUCACAAGAGAGGAGCUCAGCUGUGAGGAUUUGUUUUCGUUUCCUUUUAUUAGAGGAAAAAAGGGAUCUAGAACUAGUUUGUAGAUAUCAGAUUUUUCAUUUAUUUAUUUUUAUAUCUUUGUCUGCAUCUGCUGGGUCCCCACGCUGUAUUCGGGCUGUGUGGUCCCACUACAUCUGAACCUUUAAUCUAUUUUUUUGCAGAGAUUUACGUUUCUGUUGAGGCCAAAGAUACUGCUGGGUUGGUUCAACUUGAGCAGCAGAGGGCAUGAGCUGCCUGCAGCCUAACUAAUGGGCUUGCGUGUGAUGAAAGAAGCAACAAAGGGGAAUCAGGGUCCUGGAGAUCUUGUUCUACACAUCUGUGCUGCCUUCUUAACAAGUAUUUAUAAGUACUUCAUUUUAAGACGUGUUACAAAUAUUUUUUAUUAGGUUAUUUUUAAAAACUGCUGCUUACAGAAAUGUAGAAGAUGAAGUGCCUUUCUAAUUGCUGAAAUACCUCCAGACCGCACUGCGUUUGUAUCCUGCCAAGUGCAGCUGGAUGAGGUUCUUCUCUCCUGAAAGCACUGCUUUCCUAUUAACUGUAAAUACCUUUUUUCAGGUCGCUGUGUGGAGAAAAUAGGAUUUGUGUGAGUUCUUGACUUCCUGGAAUGGGUUGCAGUAUCCUCUUCAGUCUCCAUGCUGAUGCUUCUUGAUGGCCAAGUGCUUCAGGUAGCUAUCAGCGUUCUGCUAGAUUCACUGCUUGUUCUUAUCAGUCAGUGGUAAAUUGGAUGGAAGACAAUGAAACAUCUGCGUGCUGGUGCCAAGUUGCGGCAGCGUUAUUUGGAAAGAAUACUGUUGCUAAAUGGCAAAAUGUGCUCCCUUGGCUUAGAGGUCAGUGCAUUUCCUGCUCCGAUUGAACUGCUCGGAGCCACAACCUGGCUGGCACUGUCAGGAAGUGUCAGUAACGUGACUAUGCAGUGGGUGCUUUCUGUGAAGUCUGAAAACUCUAGAUAUCCUUGCAAAACUGCAUUAGCAACAUGUUACAAACUGCCUGACAUGGGGUUGUGACAGCGAAGUAGAAAUGGUCUCUAUGUACUGGGAGCAACAAGCCGACUUAUUGUUCGGCUUUUUCUAACCUUAGUACUUUCAGCACAAAAUGUUUCAAAUUAUUUAAUCAGGAUCAGAGUCUUCUGAAUGUAGUGACCUGCAAGGUCUCUCCAAGACCGGUCAGCUGGAUUGACUUGACUCGGGGAAUUCAAUCUGACAAAGGCAUGUUUACUCUUCAAGUAAAAAAUCUUUGUGAAAAGCAAAGAUGCCUGUAAAUGCAGCAGCCGUAGCUGUUUAAAACAAGGCAGUCAUGGGCAGUAGUCGUAAUGACAGCUGCAGUGGGUGUGCUUGGGAUGCUGCUCUGCAAACACAAGUCCUAACUCACAGCGGUUCUUGGGAAAGCACAGGGUUGGAACACUGUCAUAUAAGCAGCACCUCUAGGUGGGGCUGUCUAUAGACUCUGCCUGACAGCUGCUAAUCUGCAUUCUCUUUUAGAAAUGUACUUUAAAAGCAGCAGGGAGGGCAGCUCAAGCAUCUAGUUGUGGUCUGUAAGUCCUGUUUCUUGGAGGCUUCUCUGUGGAUUAUUUGCUAGUGAAAAACUGCAGAGCUUCAUCAGGUCAGCAUGAAUGGAAGCACCUGCUUCUUUUAUAACAUCUGAGGCUGCCAGGGAAGUAAUUGCCCUAUGUUUGCAGUGGUUUGUUGCUGGAUGCCUUGGAGAUGCAGGCUGUACUUCAGUGCUGUUGAAGGGUAGGUGACUCACUUGACAGGCAGAUGAGUGAAGCACUGCCUGCACUCCCAGAUUCCACUGUUCCGCUCUCAGCGUGCAGCUUCUCCAUUGCUCAGAACUAAUGCUUGCAUUCUGAGUCACUGCUCCAUUUAGUGUACUGCAAAUAAUUUCAGAGUCUAUCUCACACAUUUUGCUGCUCAUGGGAUAUGUAGUUUUUUUCUCCUUUAUCAAUCCUAAGUGGAGUAGAGAAUCUCCAGGUGAACCUGAGCAAAAUGGAGUUGCCAAUGUUAAUUCUUCAGAGAAGCAACUAUUAUUUAGAACACAUGGAAGAGAAAAAUAGCAAAGACUUUAGAGGCUGGGGUUCUGCUCACCAUGUGUGAGUGCUCAGCAUUCCUUCAGUAGUUUUAACUGGCUUCUGUUAUCUAGUUAACAGUGCAGCUAAGAGCUGGAGUGUCUCAUGCACGCCAGGCUCUGAACAUGCUGCUUCUAGCUCAGCUGUACGGAGCUGUCAUCACUGCUACCACAGGUGUUUUGCUUGCAACAUGACAAUGAGAAGCUGUAGUGUGGAGUAUCUAGGGCUGUGUGUCACCAUCAUCUCUGCAGGACAGCAGUGUUCAGACCAAAGCCCUCCCAGAUCUAUCCAUGCAGAGCAUGCUUGAGCUGUUUAUCUCUCUUCCACAGUUGAGAACCAAGCCCCGGUGGGAUGAAACAGAGCCUAUAGAGGAGCUGGAAACUGAGCUGAGUUCCUCUGGCAAGAUUUCAGCACUGUUUUAACAAGCUGUGAUCACACACUGGUGUGUCACAAGGGCAGGGCAGGCUUCUGGUUCUGGGAGCAGCUCUGCCCUGCUGAGCUCCUCCACACAGUUGCAUGUGCAAGUCCAAUUGCAAUACUAUGAAACACUUUAUUAGGCUCUAACUCAGUAGAAAACCAUAAAGGAAUACCCUGCCUAUGCUAUGGAGAGAAGAAAAUGGACCCUUUAAGUUACUGGGAAGAUACAGAGAUAAAAUUUACCUCUCUCCUGUGUUCCACAGCGAACAGGUGUAUGCUGUGGGUUUGUGGGGGACACCCCAGUGCAGUGUUCCUAACUCUGCUUCCCAUGCUACAAAGCUAAAGCACUUGCAACAACUUCCCUGCUUCAGAGCUGCUUUAGGUUUUUGUAGCACAAGUUCUGGUGGAUGUUUUUCUAGAUAAAAAGAAUUAUGUGUCAGGGAAGUCUUUUCUUCGCUGGGCAAAAUAAUUUGAGGAAUUUUGUAACUUCUUAUAUGGUAUGUCGUAUUGUUGGGCUUGUGUCAAACUAACUUGAAGCCUAAAAUCUCUAGUUUUGUGCUCUUUUCAGGACUCUUCUGAAAGAAUAAUGGAAAGUAUGGAAAAGGCACGUGCCCUGAUAAUCAGCUGGGCUCCCUUUACGUGAGCUGCUGUCUGCGUCUGGGUGUUUUGGGUGCAUUUGCAGUUCCUUCUGCUCCAUUUUUGCUCUGUUGCUGCAGUUGCUGCAGUGUCUACAUUUUCCUUACGCUCGCUUUGUGCUUGGCCAAGUGCCUGCCUCAGCACAAGCAGCCAUGAGUGUACAGUGACUUGUCUGGGAGGAACUUUACUUGACAGCGAGACUGGGGGAGCCCAGCAUGGUGAGCAGGUGCCAGAGAAGAUAAGGAGCAUAUUCUAAUUUUGUGUGCGUGCUCCGCUCUUGGCAGGCAUGGAGCGUUGUGCAGAGCUGGCCCUGUGCUUGUUUUCCAGGCCAAGUGUGUGCUCACCCACACACGACUUGUACAGUUCUACAAAAAAAAGCAAGGCUGUCUGCUUCGGGCUUUUCAGCUGCUUGUUGUCUCGCUUGUCUGUUGUGAUGUUGCAUAUUGACUGUCUCGUGGAAAAAGUUUACAUUUCAGUUUCUGCAAGGCAGAAAGGACACUUACAGACCCCAGACUUUCCUUCUCUGCAGUGGGCUGGCAGUGGUCGUGGGGAUCAUUUAGAAGAACACUUGUGUAACAGUAAGCACAAAGAUGAAGGCUCUGUGCAAUUCACAGAUGGAAGCACGUAGCAGCACGACUUGUCCCACCUGCACUGUGCAUAGCGCUGUCGGUGGGUGGAGGCUGUAGCUGAGGCACUGUGCAGCUGUGCUGCCCUUGUCUCUGAGGAUGCUGCAGGGCUCCCCAGGAGUGCUUUCCUUCCUGGGGACUGGGCUUACGGUGCUUCCAGAGAUCUCAGGAUCUCAGAAGCAUCAGUGGAGUUACAGUUCUUACAUUUUUAUGUGUAGCGGAUGCUACUUGGUACUUUUAAAAGGUGAACCUCGGUCAGGGAUGGCCAUGUGCUUAGUGCCAGCACUCAGGGCAUUUCAUCCAAGGACCGAGGCCUGUCACAGCCUCAGCAAGGUUACGAGAUGUGCUGUGAUCUUCAGGGAUGUGCGUGUGUUUUGUUGCCAUCGCAGCAACUGCUUCAGGCACAGAUCUCCGUGCCCUGCCCAGGGAUGCUCCGCUCACAGGACUGGGCUCUCCCUGGCCUCAGGAAGCCCGGGAUGAAGGCAGGCCUUUGCUGGGCUGGUGCCAGUCCCUCUGGCUUUCCCCUUGCUGUGGAGCAGUGCGUUGCAUUUUGAUUUUUGUUGCGUGUUCGUUUUUCCCCCCAGCCUCCAUCUCCAGCAGGCUGUCACGUACCAGCCUUGCUUCUUUGUGCUCAUCGCAAGUUGGUGCUUUAGUAAACGCUGCUGCAAGAAUGAACAUUAUGUGAAGGUUGUUGAGAUGCCGGUAUGAUAUUUGUAAGCUUUAUUUUAAAAUAAACUUCUGAGAGAAACCCAA